GCGUCGAUGGAAUGUUCUAGUGGCGGUAACACAAACGCGAAAGACCGUUCUGUGGAGAAUAUUCCCAGGAAGCAAUGUAGAGAGAAUGAAAUUAAGUAUGGGGGUUAUGACCGAAAGGAAAAUCUCUGA